GGGUGUUGGUGCUGAUCGCUUCAUGGACGACAUCGCCUGCAUGAUCGGCUACCGGCCCUUCCCGUGGAUGAAGUGGUGCUGGAUGUUUCUGACUCCUCUCAUCUGCCUGGGCAUUUUCCUUUUCAACCUUGCCUACUACAAGCCAUUGAUCUACAACAACAGCUACGUCUACCCCUGGUGGGGAGAGGCUAUUGGCUGGGGCUUUGCACUAUCGUCUAUGUUGUGUGUUCCUCUUACUGCCCUCUACAAACUUAUCCGUGCCAAGGGGACGCUGACUGAGGAUCCACGCCAGAAAGAAAGAAAAGCAGUUGGGCUGGUCCCACUGGGCUGGAACUCCGAAGCCCGGGAUGGUGAGUCCAACCCCUACGCUGAAGGAAUUCAUUUUCCACCGGGGCCUGUCGUGGUUUCACAUUACUUAGUGCCUUAUUAA